AUGCAAUACUGCGAGAAGAUACGGCUGCCCGAGAAUCUGGAAAGUAUUCCCCGCGCCGAUCACUUCCCGACGCAGCGACACCGCUGGAACACAAACGAGGAGAUCGCGUCUCUUCUUAUCAGCUUCGACCGCCACAGUGACUGGCUCUCCAAAGAGGUCAAAAUCAGACCGAAGAGCGGCUCCAUGUUGCUGUACUCGCGGAAGAAGGUUCGCUACAGGCGGGACGGCUACUGCUGGAAGAAGAGGAAGGACGGCAAGACCACGCGCGAGGACCACAUGAAGCUCAAGGUCCAGGGGAUCGAGUGCAUUUACGGCUGUUACGUGCACUCUGCAAUCCUCCCAACGUUUCAUCGACGAUGCUACUGGUUGUUGCAGAACCCAGACAUUGUCCUGGUACACUACCUGAACGUACCGUACCCAGAUGACAACAAGUUGGUCAUGGCCUCAAGCAUUUCACUGUGGGCUGACAAGAAGGAGUGGACCAAGGAAGAGCUCAUUAGUCAGCUCAAGCCCAUGUUCUUCAGCGAGGAUGAACCUGACCUCAACAACGAGCUUGAAAUAUCGACGGCAGAGACAGUGGAGGCCAUAGUGGCACAGCUGAUGGAGAAGCAGCGUGUGGCCCGAGCAGCAGCCGCAGCAGCAGCUGUUGCAAACAAGAGCAGUGUGGAAUGUGGCUGUGGGGCCGGAGUUGGCGGUGAGCACAGCAAACAGUGCACGUUGCACCCCCUGCGACGUCUCGGGGUGGCCAAGCUGCCGCACCACCACCACCAUCACCACCACCACCACCAUGACUCUGCCAACACCGUCACUUCCUCACGCCAAGCUCUGGUGGCGAUGCCCACUCCCUCAGACAAUGAUAGCAAUAACCAGGUAUCGUCAACGAGUGGGCCAGGUGGGUGCGUCACCCCCCAGUACCAGGGCGUAACUCAGGAGGGGGCCCGCCCACCAGAGCCCCCACCCUCCACCAGCAACACCACUAACAACAACAACAACAACAACAACAACAAUAAUAACAACAACAACAACAACAACAACAACAAUAAUAAUAGCAACAACACCACGCCCAACAACAAUAACAACAAUCUCAACACCACCACAGCCCCGCUAAUCCUGAACCUGUCCAACAUCCAGGGCGGGGGCGGGCUGCUCAUCCUCAACAGUGGUGGGGGGGGUGGGCACCACCCUGCCCCACAUCCCCCACUGGCUGGCCCCCUCACGCUCACGUCGUAUCUGGGGCAGCCCCAUCCAAUCUCCACCGCUGCCUCCAUCGUCCACGGACCGCCCCUCGUACCACACUCCACCCACGUAGCGCACCUCCACCACGCACCACACCACCACCACCAUCCUCACCACCAUCACCACAUGCACCAGCAGCAGCAGCAUCACCCGGGCCAGCAUGGACCACAGCAGCAGCAGCAGCAUGGACCCCAGCAGCAAGGUGGGCCGCCACCCCAACAUAAUGCAAACCUGUUGGUGAAGCGUGAGGGAGAUAAGGCUGACGUCAUGGAGACUCUCAAACUGGACGCCACCAAUGGCAACAUUGCCCUCGAUGGUACCUUUGCAAACCUUGUGUCCAGUCUUGAGGCUGGAGAGGCCAGACCCACACAACAGCAACAACAGCAGCAUCAACAGCAACAGCAACAGCAACAGCAGCAACAACAGCCCACUAAAGAUACUUUCUUGGGUAUCAAAGCUGAGCUGUCUGAAUUGUCUGUGGAGAAAACAGAAUUAUUUUCUGACACAUUAGACCUCUCUCCUGACGACAUCCAGAAGACCCUCUCUGCUAACCUCCCUCCGGGGUCAUGCAGCCGCAAGACUCCCUCCUCCACUGAUGUCAAUCCGAUGGACUUCAUCGAUAAUGAUAUGACCUCACCUGAGGAUGAUGUUCUUGCAAACCUUGAUGCUUUCGACAUGCUGAGUGACUUUCCUGACCUGGAUCACUAUGAUACAUCCCCCCCUGACAACCUGAACAGCAACAAUAGCAACAGCAGCAGCAGCAGCAGCACAAACAACAGUGGCAAGUCGGUUACCAAUCAGAGUCAACAGACCACCAGGAUGGAUUACAGAGAGAACACUGCAAAUAUUACUGAUUACUCUCCUGAGUGGGCUUAUCCUGAGGGUGGAGUGAAGGUGUUGGUGACAGGGCCGUGGUACAGUAGUUCAUCCCCGUACACUGUUUUGUUUGAUGGUGUUCCAACAGCCACAACUCUUGUCCAGUCAGGUGUUCUACGGUGCUACUGCCCUGCACAUGAGGUUGGCCUUGUGACUCUUCAAGUGGCAUGUGAAGGGUUUGUCAUCUCUAAUUCUGUGAUAUUUGAGUACAAAAAGCCUCCAUCUGAUGAGAACAAAGUCAAGGAGUUCAUGGCCUGGUUCCCACAGGAGCAGGGUGUCCGGGAGCAAGACGAGCACCUCCUGAAGUUCACACUCCUGCAGCGUCUGGAGACAAUGGAGACAAGGGUCCAGGUGUGCCCAGACAGCCAGAAGAGCCCAUCCAAUUACGAAAGUGAUGUUAUGAUGCACAAAGCUCAGAAUUUUGAGGAGAGAGUUGUGUUAUACUGCCAGAGGAUGAGCAAGAAGCCAUGGCUUGGAAUGGACCAGGGAUUUGCUGCUGGUCUUCCAGAACUUCAUGGUCUUACACUUCUACACCUUGCAGCCAUGCUUGGUUAUUCAAGGUUGAUUGUAUCCCUCCUUCGAUGGCGUGAUGAGAAUCCGUCACUGGUGCUGGAGUGUGAGGUAGACGCAUUGCGGCAGGAUUCCCGUGGCUGCACCCCACUCAGCUGGGCAUGUACAAGGGGACAUCGCCACACUGCACUCCUCCUCUAUCGGUGGAAUUGUCAAGCUCUGUGUUCUAGAAAUCAACUUGGUCAAACUCCACUGCAGUGUGCAACAAUUAAUGGUCAUCAUGCAUUAGCAGAGGAACUUCAGCAGUUAGAGAGACAGCGGGUACAAGGUGACCCCACUGAAGGCCUCCACCUCUCUUUGUCAUCAGCCUCGUCAAGCUCUCAGCUCUCUACCUCAACUGCUACCACCUCCUCCUCCUCCACAACUUCCUCUUCCUCCACCACCUCAGGAGCCAAUCCUAGCUUCACUAUGGCAGGGAUGGCUCACCAAUCACCUGAUGUGUUCCUUCGGCCUUCCCCGCGGAGAUGUGAUUUCAAGAAGCAGCGCCAUUUGAGUGUGGAUCUGCCAUUAAGCAGUGAGCAAGAACCAGCUCGACCAGUUGGAUGUCCUUCCCCUGCAUCAUCAGGCAGUGACUCCUCAGUUCGACGUGGGAGGCUGAUCAAAAGACCCUCAGUUGACUCAGGCAUAAACUUGGCCAAUGUUGACACGUACAAGAGAGCGAGCUUAGACUCUGGUCUGGAUGUACUGCAAAAGUAUUCCAGGGGAGAAGGAUCAAGUCCACAUGUUUCGACACCAUCCUUAGCCCUUGACAAUACUGGGGACGAGAUGCUGGACUCCCCCAUGCCCUUCCAGUUCACACCAGGUGUAGACAGUAGUUACGCUAGUCGUCGGGAGUCGUUAAGUUCAGAAAUGGCUGGUUUGGCUGCGCCUGAUGACAGUCGUGUCCUCACUCUUGCCGAGCAGAUCAUUGCUGCUCUUCCUGAGAGAAUCAAGUCCGGCGUAUGUCCAGCAUCACGUGCGUGCUCCACAGGACGUUCAGAGUUUGUACUGGAGAACGUCCGCUCUCAGUACACAGGAUCUUGUGUUGAAGUCACGUCCUUUUUCACCUUUAUAAGUUCUGUUGUACCUGCUGUAUGUCGACACUGCAUGCAGAAUAACGCAGGCUGUCAUCCCAAGGAAUCAUUGUGUCCAGAGACCGUGGCUCCUGGCACUCUUCCUUCAGAUGAAUCUAAAGGCGGCCGUGUUCAGCAGCGCCGGCGUUUGACCCAAGCUUGA